AUGAUGGGCGCUUUUUCAUUGGUCCAAGCUGAAGUCCGGUGUUUUGGAAUUGCAGCCCUGGGGAACCUGAACUGUAUGGGGGACCGAGCCCUGAUUGCGGUCCUUGACGUGGUGCUGAUAUUACCAGGGAGAACACUGUCCGAAUACGCCUCCGGUCUGAUCAAAACAGGGUAUUCGCGCACCCCCCAAAGCAACUCAAUCAAACGAGAGCCACUCUCCUACCAGGGUUCAAUCGAUGAGCACGUUCACCUCCUUCAAGCAAGCAAAAAUGUCUUGGAGCGAUUAGUUGAAGACUUUCAAACACAAAAUGCCUCCUCGCCCACACUGAUCCACGCCGAUUUAUAUAAGCGGAACAUCUACGUCCAUCCCUAUGACUUAACAACCAUCACAGGUAUCAUCGACUGGCAGUCAACGAGCAUAGAGCCUGCAUUUGUAUACACAAAUGAGACCCCAGAUUUUGCUUCCCUUCCAGAUGAAUACCAAUUAGAAGAAGACAAAUCAACCACUCCAGAGGAGCAAAAAAGGCUGAACGACGCAAAGAUCUGCCAUCAAAUCUACGACGUGAUCAUGAAAGGCCUCAUCCCCAAACUACGUCCCGCAAAACUCCUUGAUCCUGCUCUGUACCGACCAUUCCUUUGCUGCCAUACAACACGGAGGGAUAGUGCUAUAGCACUCCGCCAUAAGCUGAUGGAAUUAUCAGCACGAUGGACAGACCUAGGAAUGCAAAGCACAUGUCCAUAUUCACCAGACGAGCAAGAAAUCGCACAACAUGCGCAGGAUUACGAGGAUUUUGAAACUGUUCAAAAGCUAAAAAUAUGGCUCAAGGACUCCUUCAAUGAUUCUGAUGGGCGGGUUCCGAAUGAGGUCUGGGAUGCUGCGGAAUAUGCUCAUAGGGCUGCGUAUGAUGAGUGGAUUGAGACUGCGAGGGAGGUUGGAGCUAACGGUGAUGGGUUGACGGUAGAGAAGGCUGAUCGAUCAUGGCCGUUUGAUUCUAGAUGA